AUGGAAGCCAAGCUCAAGCAACAGCAACAGCAGCAAAAAUUCCAGGAAUAUGUAGAACGGAUUCACUACUCGGAUCGAUACUCGGACGAUUUCUACGAGUACAGGUGGAUGCUCUUGUUGUUUAUGUGCUCUCUGAUGCUGAAAAUGCAAGACACUAGACACGUUAUCCUCCCCAAGCCCUUGCUCAAGAUGGUUCCUCGCGCGUAUUUCUCCGAUACGACUCCCGGUGUCCUACGUCUGUUGACAGAAGAAGAAUGGAGAAAUAUUGGAAUCACCCAGAGCCCUGGAUGGGUGCACUACGAGGUGCACGCUCCUGAACCGCAUGUCCUCUUGUUCAGAAGAGAACUUCAGCAACAAUGA